GUCCUUUGAAGCAGAUUGCUCGAGCGCUAGUCUAAAAAUAGCUUGCGGAAUGGGCGUCAGGUCCAUCUGUGGCUGCUGCAGUAGCAAGCGCUCUGAUUCCCAUUACAAGCUGCCAAUGGGGGCGUCAGUUGACUUCAGUUGAGGUGGGCAGUGCAUAAAGAAAUGGCAUUGCAGCUGUCCUUGAGAAGAGGGACGGGCAGAUUUGCAAGUAGUUGUUACAGUGUUCCCAAGAAAUGAAAGCGACGGAUGCACCGCACCUAUGAUGGCUGGCGUGGCUGAGCUCUUUCUGCCCCCGUCCAAGCUCCAGUCAGUCAGCAUUGGCAAACAGGCUGCAGUCACAUUAUCAGACAGUUUUAACACUUCGAGCCCAAUCAGUUACUUCCCCCGAGCUUAUCCAAUUCGUUGCAGAAAACCUCCAGCUUGCAGCACCAGUCUGCCAACCAGACCUUCUCGUACCUCUCUCUGCAGUGACAAUCUUGUUCCCCGACCAGCUUGGUCACGCCAGCGCGUGAGUGGACAAUGCAGAAGGACGUGUUCAGCUACUGCUGUCGCUGGAGAUUCAGACACAGCAGCUUGGGAACAUGUGCUGGUGCAAGAUGAGUCCCACCUGCGGAGUCCAGGCAGGAACGAGAGCAGGGGGAGGCCAAUUCGAGUGUUCAUCAGCACCGGGGAUGUUUCAGGCGAUAUGCACGCCACGGGCCUGGUCCACGAGGUGCGGAAGCAAGCCCAGGCAGCGGGGCACGAGGUCACGGUGUGCGCGCUGGGAGGUGGAGGCAUUGAGGAGGCGGGAGUCACGCUGGUAGGCGACAACCGCGGCCUGAGCUCCAUUGGGCUGCUGGAGGCGCUGCCCCUGGUCCUCCCCACGCUGCGCCUCCAGGCCCAAGUGCGCGCCUUCCUGCGGGACCAGCCGCCCGACCUCGUCAUUCUUAUUGACUAUCCGGGGGUCAACAUCCCGUUUGGCCGCUACCUCAAGCGCCAGUAUGGCUGCCCGGUGGUGUACUACGUGCCCCCCAACGAGUGGCUCUGGAAUGAGGCGCGCACGCCGGCGCUGUGUGCCAUCUCCGACGCCAUCUUGUGCACCUACCCUAGAGAGGCUGGCUACUUCCAAGGGGCUGGGGGCUCGGUUCAAAUGGUGGGCCAUCCGCUCCUGGACGCCGUUGCCUCCAAGCCUGACCGCCCAGCUGCCCGCGCUGCGCUGGGCGUGAGUGCGGGCACGCUGGUGGUGGCGCUGCUGCCAGCGUCCCGGCCGCAGGAGGUGCGCCACGUGUGGCCGGUUCUCGCGCGCGCAGCUCAGGCAGUGCAGGAAGAGUGGGCCAGUUCCGGGGACUGUCCCCUCCGCUUCUUCAUACCGGUGGUAUCUUCGGACUUAGAGAACGCGAUCAGAGAGUCCCUGCAAUCAUACUCAAUUGAAGCAACCAUUUGGAAGGGCGACUCUCACACGGUGCUCGCGGCCGCGGACCUGGCCCUUACCAAGUCCGGGACCGUCAACCUGGAGCUCGCGCUCUUCCAGGUCCCGCAGGUGGUGGUGUAUCGCAUCGAUGCCGUGACUGCGUGGCUGGCGCGCACGCUGUUCCACUUCAGCGUCCCGCACAUCUCGCUCGUCAACCUGAUCCUAGAAGAGCCGCUGGUGCCCGAGUUCAUCCAGGACGCGGCCCGACCCGAGGACGUGGCAGCGGCCGCCCUCGGGCUGCUGCGCAACCAGCGCGGCGCGCGGGACACCGUGCUGGACGGCUACCGCCGCCUGAGCGCCCUGCUCGGCGGACCGGGCGCCGCCGGAAGGGCGGCCGCUACCAUCCUAACAAUGAUGACAGAGAGGAAAAUACGGACUUCAAUAACAAUAAUCUGACUGUACUGUCUGUGCGGCACUUUAUAAGGUGGCCCACUUACGGU